CGUAAUAACGCGGUUGCUCCUUCACCGUCACGUCAAAAACUCUUACCUCCAAUGUCGUCUUCACAAACGACCUCGGCUACUGGGGUCAUCACGACUUCAGCGACGUCGAGCUCGUCCUCUACAAUCUCUUCCUCUUCCUCGUCGUCGAGUUCGACAGAGGUCAGCAACAGUAGCAGCAGCAGUCCCACGAGCAGCAGCAGUAGCACCAGUGCAGAACCCACAGGCUCGACAACAUCCAAUGGUGAAACCACUUCCGGGACCAACACUGGUGCAACCGACACCGCAACCUCGGGGCAAGCUUCUGCUACCCAGAGCCAGAGCAAUAGCAAUGCUAGUUCCGGACAAAGUGGUACACAGAAUACCCAACAACAAACGUCUGCUAUCGCUACUACAAUCGUCGUUACCCUAUCCAAUGGACAGCAGGUGACAUCCACGUCCACCAUACCCGCAUCCUCUUCGUCCUCUUCCUCGUCCUCUUCCUCAUCAUCACCAUCAAAUACUGGUGCCAUAGUGGGUGGCACUAUAGGCGGUGUUGCCGGUCUUUCCCUAAUCCUCAUUGUCGUCUGGUUUUUCUACAAACGCCACCAAAAGAAGCGUUUCGAUGACCUCUUUGAUGGGAACUUCGACCCCGACAGGGUGGCGCGGCCCCCGGACGUUGGUGUCAAUGUAGAUCAGGACGAUGGCAUGGGCGGGCGGCUUGGCGGGACGGACAUCGGUGCCGGAGUGGUCUCGCCAUUCCCUAUGAGUGCGAGCACCGAGAACAGCCAUGGAAGCUCAGGACAGAGCUAUGGGAACUACUACAAUGCCUCGCCCGUGUCCCCGCCGCCGAUGUCGCAGUAUUCAGCCGAACCGCACCCUACGCUGUACAACCCGUAUACUACGCCGAUACCACAGUCUUUGAUACCCGGGGUUCCGCCCCAGUCCCAGCCCCAGCCCCAACCGCAGGUCCAGGCUCCUCCUUCAUCAGCUCCAUCUUCGAGCGGCGUGGGUGGAAUGUCGGCUAAAGAACGCGAGGCAAGGCAGCACAUGGGCGUCGUUAAUCCGGAUGACCGUUACGCGAGCUCAAGCGGUGUCAUCCAGCAUCAGGAUGCUGGUCCUAGUGAAAUUCCACCGGCGUAUGAUAGCCUGUUACCAGGACCUUCUGGCUCUGGCGCGGCUGGGUCGUCAAGUGGUCAAUAGUUGGAAGAUCGUCUGCGUGUUUCUUGACUGAUAUUGUAUCCUUCACUAGAUAUACCAUCCUAGUGCGAGUACUUAUCCCUCUAUAUAUUCAGAUGCUCUGGAAGUCAUUCUCUGUACAAAUAUCUUGUUUGACUGGUUCGAGUGUUAGUAAUAGCUUCAUGAAUGUUCCUAUAAUGCGGUGUUUAUUAUAAAAUCUACGUAAAAGUCUCUUCUCGGGACUCAUGAACUCUAACCUCGCAUUCGGA